AUGCUCGGAAAACUCAAACCAAAUCCAACCAAGGACGACGACGUCUCCAUCCGCAACCAUGACCACGACACGACUACCGAAGCCGCCACGGGGUCCGACUCGGAUGACUUCCGCGCCAUCGACCCGCACAGCGGUGUCAAGCGCGGUCUCAAGACCCGCCACCUGUCCAUGAUGGCCUUGGCCGGCAUCAUCGGCCCGGGUUUGCUCAUCGGCUCUGGCGGCGCCCUGUCGGCUGGCGGACCCGCCUCGCUGCUGAUUGGCUUUGCUGUCAUUGGCAUCAUUGCCUUCUCCAUCAUGCAGAGUCUCGGCGAGCUGACGACACUGUAUCCGACUGGCGGCGCCUUCACUGCGUUGAGUGAUCGUUUCGUGGACAAGGCUUUCGGCGUGGCCGUGGGAUGGAAUUACUACAUUGUGUGGUUUUGUGUUUUGGCCAACGAGUAUAACGUUAUCUCGAGCAUUAUGGUAUUUUGGAGUCCUAAACUCCCUUUAUACGGAUACUUCCUUCUGUUUUGGUUUGCGUUUUUGGCUUUCCAAUUGCUCGGCGUAGAGACCUUUGGAGAGGCCGAGUUCUGGCUGGCAUUGAUUAAGAUUAUCGGCUUGAUCGCUUACUUCAUUUUCAGCAUCGUCUACGCCUCCGGAGGUGUGAAAGGGGCCGAUGCCAUUGGCUUUCGGUACUGGAAUGAUCCAGGCGCAUUCACGGACGGCUUCAAGGGCGUCGCCUCCGUGUUUGUAUUUUGCAGCACCUUCUAUGCAGGCGUCGAGUCGGUAGCCGUGGCAGCCACCGAGACUAAGAACCCCGGCUACGCCGUGCCCCUGGCCAUCCGUCAAGUCUUCAUUCGCAUCGUCGUCGUCUACAUGGGCAGCGCCUUCUUCUUUGGUCUGACCUGCCCCGCCAAUUCCCCCGAUCUGAUCGGCGGUUCUAGCCGUGCCCUGCGCAGUCCAAUGACCAUCGCUCUUCAAAAUGCCGGCUGGGAAGGCGGAGUCCAUCUCAUCAACGCCUUCAUCUUUAUCACCUGCCUCAGCGCUGUCAACAGCUCGAUUUACAUCGGCAGCCGCACGCUCCUCUACAUGGCUCAGGACGGAAAGGCGCCCAAAUUUCUGGGCUGGACCGACAAGCGGGGCGUGCCCAUCCCGGCCAUCGUCUUCACCAACCUCUGCGGCGCCCUCAGCAUGAUGAACGUCAGCACCGGCGCCAGCGAGGCCUACAGCUACAUCGUGAAUCUCAGCGGUGUUUCGACCUUCAUCGUCUGGGCCGCCAUCAGCUUCACGCAUAUCCGCUUCCGCACCGCGUGGAAGGCACAGGGGCACACCGAGAGCGAGCUUCCGUUUGUGUCCCUGUGGUAUCCCUACAACGCCUACUUUGGGCUGUUGGCCAACUUGUUCUUGGCGCUUGUCCAGGGCUGGUCAACGUUUGCGCCGUUCAAUGCCGGCUUGUUUGUGGACGCGUACAUUUUGUUGCCGCUGUUUGGUAUCAUUUAUAUCGUGUACAAGCUGGUAUUCAAGACAAAAUUAUGGAAGGCGCAUGAGAUCGAUCUACAGUCUGGCAGACGGAGGGAUCUGGACGAGGCGAAACAGCCGGUACCGGGACAACAGGGGGCGAGGUGGUGGAAUAAGAUCUUCAAGAGCGUAGCGGCAAAGCCCUGUCCCAAGACGGUGCGGGACAGCAUCGAGGUAAGAGCCAGAACCGAGCUGUACUUCAUGUUGGAGUGCGGAAGUAUUGUGUCCUGGAGGCGGAAUCGUUGA